CUGUAAUGACAUGCACACUGUGACAACUCGUCGUCUUUUUCGCGUAGAUUUCAGUGCCACAUGUAACGCACGUGGCGUCCGGUUCCAGGAACUGCACCAGCGUUAACCGUUUGUGCGCCGGUCCAGGGUGCGCGCGUGACCGCGUUUGAAGCAACCUCGAUGUAAAUAAGAUGCUGCACCGCUGCUCACGUGAACUGACGUGUUGAUGUGGUGUAGUCAGUGGAGGUUAAGGGGCAGGAUGUGAGGUUGCAGUGCGCUGGAUUUCAGUGUGCACGACACCGAGCUGAGACUCCCGGUGAUCCAGGUCGGGUGUUGCGGCUCGCUCAUGUCUCAUGUUGUGACUACCAGCAGCAGCAACAGAGCGAGGAGGCGCUGCCCGACGCUCAGCCAUUUCUCCCAGUUCCUGUUCAACUUCUAUCUUUUUUUCUUUUUAAUCUAUCUAUCCAUCUAUCUAUAGCUAUAUAUAGAUAUAGAUAUAUAAAUAUAUAUUUAAAAAAAAUGGCUGAUUAUGCGGACGACACCGGAGCGCGAGCGCUGCUGGCCCUGAAGUCCGCGCCGUGCAGCCCGGUGAGGGGAGCGAGUCCACCGGCGCACGCGCUCUCGCCUCCGGCGCAGGCCCUCGCGCGUCUCCACGGCCGCGACUUCGAGUUCGUCAUGCGCCAGCGCGCGGUCACGGUGGGGCGCAACUCGUCGCACGGCUCCGUGGACGUCAACAUGGGCCACUCGAGCUUCAUCUCGCGGCGCCACCUGCAGAUCACCUUCGAGGAGCCCGACUUCUAUCUGCGCUGCCUGGGAAAGAACGGCGUGUUCGUGGACGGCGUGUUCCAGAGGAGAGGCGCGCCGCCGAUCCAGUUACCCAGAGAGUGCACAUUUCGUUUUCCCAGCACGGUGAUAAAGAUCCAGUUUACUGCACUGUACCACAAAGAGGUGCUGAAGGAGGAGGCGCCCGUGUCCCCGGUGAGACCCCUGUACCCGCAGAUCUCGCCACUGAAAAUCACCAUUCCUGAAAACGACUUCAGAAGCAUGAUGAGUCCCCUGCCUUCACCCACAGGAACCAUCAGUGUACCUAACUCCUGUCCAGCGAGUCCUCGGGGUGCGGGCUCUUCUGGCUACCGCUACGGACGCAACAUAACCUCUGACCUGCAGUUGGCGGCGGAGUACGCGGCCAAAGCUGUAUCAGAGCAUCGCACAGAGGUGUCGGACAGAGACAGCCCCAAGGAUGAGUCCAAGCCCCCGUACUCAUAUGCACAGCUGAUUGUGCAGGCCAUAUCGUCGGCUCCAGACCGACAGCUGACACUAAGUGGCAUCUAUGCCCACAUCACCAAGCAUUACCCGUACUACAGGACUGCAGAUAAGGGCUGGCAGAACUCCAUCAGGCACAACCUCUCGCUGAACCGCUACUUCAUCAAAGUGCCACGCUCUCAAGAGGAGCCGGGAAAGGGCUCGUUCUGGCGCGUCGACCCCUCGUCAGAGGCCAAGCUGGUGGAGCAGUCCUUCCGCAAACGCCGUCAGAGAGGCGUCUCCUGCUUCCGGACACCAUUUGGCCCACUUUCCUCAAGGAGCGCUCCAGCCUCACCCACCCACUCCGGCCUUCUGUCUCCUCACUCGAGCGGACUGCAGACCCCAGAGUGUCUGUCUCGAGAGGGCUCACCUAUUUCCCACGAGCAUGAGUUUAGCACCAAGCUGGCAUCGGUGCCCGAGUUCAGAUAUUCUCAGAGCGCCCCAGGCUCUCCGGUGAGCGCGCAGCCCGUGAUCGUGGCCAUGCCUCCUCAGCCCUCGGCGGUGGUGGCAAAGCCCGUGGCCUACAUGCCCGCUUCCAUCCUCACCUCCCAGCAACCCUCUGGUCAGGCCGUGCACGUGCUCCAACAAGCUCCAGCCGUCACCAUGGUGCGCGUUCUCAACGCCGCAUCCAGUUCUGCCAACGGAUACGUCCUGGCCAACAUUGGCUCCGCGUCGGCCGGGGAAAGUUCUGGAGAACACAGAGGUGCUGUGGAGGAGAUGGCCGCCCCCGCCACCAUCCCUGCAGGCAGCCGAGUGAUUCAGUCCGUGGGGAGCCACUUGAGUUCAGCCUCUAGAGGGCAGCAGAGUUACACUGUUCUGCAGGCGACUUCCAUGCCUCUGGGUCAGCACCAGCUCCCGGUCCAGACCAUCACCCAGAACGGCAAACACGCUCUGCCCACCGCCACCAUCUCACCCAACACUUAUGCUCUCACCAACCCUCUUCAGAUCCUGGCGGCACAGGCCUCCACCUCGCCCCCGGUGCUAGUGAACAGGCCCUCCAGCGUGGAGAUGGAGGACGCGAGUCUGCAGGAGCCCGAUGCCAAACGGGCCAAGAUGGAGGAUGACGGCAUGGCGUCGGUCCCCCAGCCUGUCAUUGUGGCAAUGACCCCGGAGGCCAGUGACUGAGCGAGGGAGCGAGUGAGUGGAGAAGAUGGUUAAAGCAAGCCCCCAACAAUAGUGUUAGCACAACGUGCCAUUGUUAUUGAGGGGAAUUUGGAUUUGUUUUUUUUUUUGUUGUUUUUGUUUUUUUUUUUCCAGUGUUUUCUUUUCUUUUACUGAGAACUUCAGUUAUUUGUGAGAGAACGAGCCCUGAACGAGUGUGCAUAUUAAGGGCAGGUAGGAGCUAAACGCAUUAUCCUUUAAGCCUUAAAAAAAAAAAAAAGCAAAUGCUGAGACGGUUUUAAUUUUGUGGGUUUCUUUAAAGACGAUGGGAAUGGUCCCUUAAAGCUAUUAGAGAGGUGAAUGCACACGCGAGGCGACAUGCUGCCGUGUAGUUCCUCACAAGGUACAGUCAAAAGCAGUACUUACUCCGGGUUGGGGCGGGACCAAUAAAAUGAUAACUAAGCAGCUACUUCUGUAUGGGAGCACUGGCCUCUCAGAAUCGAAGCAUUAUGUAUUAAGCUCAUUGGAGGCUCGGUUCUCACGGGUUUCUGUCAUCUCCAGGGGAACCUUGGAUUUAUUUAUGAUUCUGUGCUAUAAGCAUAGGAUAGAAACACCAUCUGUUAAAAUUGGAUUGUUAUAACUAAAACUUCAUGACAAGUUCACAAAAAAUUUCAUACAUUUCAAGGCCUGACUUCUUAUAUUUUUUUCCAGCCUUGAACUCUUUAACACGCUAUAAAGUAUUUUUCUAUGGUGGGCUAUUACCUUGCGUAUUUAGAUGUUGUAAAAAGAAAUGUCUAGCACAUGUCUGUUUGGGAAUAGAGUCUGCAAAUAUAAAACAAACUCAAUGAAUGUAUGUAGCUUUUGUUCCUUUCUUUUUCAUUGUUCAAGGCUCCCUCUCGACUAAAUGUGUGUUAAGAAAUUAGAAUGUGAUGUCCUAUCAUGUUUAAUGUUUUUGUUUAAAAUGAAACUAAUUUUUGAAGUUAAAACCCUUCAGUUAAUGUUAGGGUCAGACAUACACCUGGCCAUCCUCCAUGUGCGUUGGAUUACAUGUUUGGCUAAGAAUUACAUUACCUAAUUAGAUAUGUAUUAUUUAAUAAUAAUUAAGCCACACACAAAUUAUAAAUGCUGGAAUAGUUCAUUAUUACGAGGGGCUACUGACAACCAAAUAUGUUUAUUUCUAUUUCUAAAGACCCAGGAAUGUAAGAAUGUAAUUAUUAAUAUUAAUUAUUAGAGAGGCUACUUUUCCACUGUCCGCCUUCCCAUGACCUUAGGAUGAUGCUGGGAGGUACUUAACAAAUGUUAAACACUUUUUCUAAACGUUCUCAUAACGUCACGAUUUUUUUUUUAAGCAACUCAUUUUGUUAGCCAUGAUAUUUUUUACUAACAGAAUACAAAUCCAGUGUUGGACGAUCACUAACACGGUGGUGUCAGUUUCCACUUUAUAAAAGAUAUAAAGAAACAUCAGAAACAACUCGCAAUAUUUAACCUGAGAAAACACUCGAAAAGACCAAAUGCAUAUCCACUUCAUUAGUGCCUUGAGCUCUGUAGCAAAGAUACUGCUUCAAACUCUACUACCUGCUGCUUGGAAGUUAAAACACUGAAGCUUUUUCACUCUUCAGGGUUGGAAUGACACGAUAACACUGUCCGAUCUGUCAGAAUGAACUAGAAACAUGGUCAGAGUUUAGUUAAUGCGUUGUGAUCAAAAGAACUUAAAACAUUUCUUAUAAUACAUAUAAUACUGAAAUGAUCAAUUUUAUUGAUGAAGCAAAAUGUUUGUCUUCAUAACGGCACCUGCAACAUGGGGAAGGAGGAGUGUGUGUGUGUGGCGGGGGGGAAAUAGUCAGGAAAUUACUUUUUGUAUGUAAUAAAUGCAUUUUUUUCCUCUUUUAGUUAACAUUGUCUUCUUUAAUGCUCCGCUCUAUUGGACCAAUAGAGAACAAUCACGCAACUGAAACUCUGUUUUAAGUUACUAAUUAAAUUUAGUUUAAAUAAGCAUUAAGAACAGUAAGCCUUUUAGGCUUUUAAACCUCUCAGUAAUGAAUAAAUAAAGUAAGCACUUGGUUGUAGAGUUGAGUUUCUUUUCUCCUUAAACCCACUGAAUUAACUUUUCACUGCCUAUGAAAUAUUUUGCAUACCUUUUUAACAAAGUGUCUCUAUCAAUGAUUAUAAAAAAGUAUUUUCCUCAGCUGAUCUUGAUGUAUUUGAUUUGUGUGCUUUUGGUGUUUUAUGCAUAUUAGCUUAUGCAAGUGUUUAUACACUAAACAUUUAUAAUUUAAAAAUUAAGUCUAAUAAACUGAUGCACGUUUUCUUUUCACUUCUUAGUUGGUAGGAUCUUUACUGAUUGUAUACAAACCAUGUUAGUCCUUGUUCAAAAGCAUUGCAUUGUCUUUAGAAGCCAUUAUUAUAAAGAUCCUGUCAUUCAUUCAGUAGUAUUUAUCUGAUCUUAUUUUCAUGCAACCUGAAAAAAAAAAAAGACAGAGUAGAUGUUGCUUUCUUUGUUAUUUCUGAAAUGUAAAGAAAAACAGCAGCUAAAACAGGGCUACAACAGUGUCAUGAUUAGCUUUCUUACCGAGUUUACUAACAGAACGCAUUACGAACUGUGUAUGUUUCAGUCACUGUGUUCAUAUAGGGCUGUUUUCAAACCUUUUGUCUCAGCAGCACCAAAUUCUGCUCUGUAUAUUCUUAUAAAGUCACAGAGAAUCGUCAUUUGGACUGCAAAAUGUCAAAACUAUAGACAAUGGCUGAUUUCUGAAAGGAACUAUUUUUUUAUAUCCAUACUUGUCAUUUCUUUAGAAACAUUUCACUCAUGCAAAAAAUAUGAAAAUAUUGUAUACCUGGUAUCUCGCUCUGUGUCUCUUUAUUUCGUUUUCUUUUCCGAUUCAUCCUGAUUACAUGAAAGCAGUUUUAAUGUAAUAAUGCAUUUCUCUAUGCACAUGUGCAACUCUGUCUGUCCUCUUUACUGCCUUGUGGAAAGCUCUAGGAAAUGCUGAAAUGUGACCACAGCCUAUUAAAAGGUUUGAGAUGUCCAAGGCA